AUGAGUGAAACUCAAGUGGUGGAACAGCCGGGUGUGGAGAAAUUCGAGGAGGUCAAGAAAGAGAUGACGGACAGUGGGAUUCAGGAGAGCAAUAAUAAUUGUGAGUUUGGCAGCUAAUUUUAUACAGUGGAGGAAGAGGACAGCAUAAAGAGUGUCGAUUUUUUUCCCUAUGUACAUAAACCCCAAUUAUAUGUAGCAAAAAACACUGACUGUGAGAAGAAAUACAGGGUCUUUCAAGAAGAUUUUACCGGCCUUUGUUUAUUUCAAGAUUUUUUAUAUUAGGUUGUCCCACAAAUAAUGUCGUUCUUCAAAAGAUUUUUUGUACAAAGAAAUUUACCGUAAUAACGAAGAUAUUUUUAAUCAAAAUAAUCACCAUGUGUUAUACCACGCUAUUGCAACGCGUUGAAAGCAUUUUUUGCCAGUGGCUUUGAAACCCCGGCUUCGGAAGCCGAUGAAACUUUUGAAGGCGCAUUCAACAGGGUCUUGAUUGACAAAUUCCCUACCACGGAUGAAACCCAUUAGAUUCUUGGAAAGGUAGCAAUCUGUUUGAGACAUGCCUAUCGAGUACUCCAGACGACGGAGAGCCCCGUAUCUCCAUUAACUCAACUUCUGGAGCGUCGUCUUUACAACGUGGGGUUGCGCAUCGCCGCCUAGAACUUUUGGAAUUCCGCGGCGUGUUUUUAAAGGCAUAUUCUGCCAUAAACUGUCUAUCUGAAUACAGCAGGACCCAGCAUUUACAUUUUGGCCAACUUUCAACGAGCUGUAUUGUGAGAUACCCAUGCUGCACCAUCCAGCAGUGCCCAUCACCUUGUUUAUGGGGGGUCGCUUUGCAAAGUGCCGUGUUCGUACCCUCGGGGGACUCCAUUGGGCACAUCUGGUUGUCGUACAGGAUCUGCUCUUCAUCAUGGGUCACGAUCGGAUCUAGAAAACCCGGCUUUUCGGAUUGUAAAAGUAACAAACGUGACACCUAUAUUCUGUGGUUCGGUCCAUUAAUAUGGGAAAAAGCUGCCGAGCAUUUUUUUGAAUUCCAUCGACCUCCAACGGUUAGCUGCCGAUUAUUUCAACACCCAGACGAUGUCAGAACGCGUCGAAUGUUGAUUCUAGGAUAUCUGACAACUAAUGGCCCCAGGGUAAAUUCAUAAAGUUCAGAUGCCGGACUUUAUCUUUGGGUUCCUCACCGUCAGAUCGAAAUUUUUUGAACCAUCGUUUCACCGUGUUCAGACUCACAUCAGACUCGCCGAACACGCCGUUGAUAUUUUGUGUAACUCAUGUAACUUUCAUACCCUGUUUUUGCAGGUACAACACGGCGACACGAAUCGACUUUUUUCCCAUAAUUUUGGAUUGGGGCUAAAUUACACUAAUUUGAUCCAAAGAUGGCAAACGAUAUAUCGAACGAAAGCUUGAGUUCUCGAUUACAAAACGAUGCAAUAUUGCGAAAUUUUAUUGCCAUUUGCCUUUUUUAUAGACUUUGGAAACUACCCCUCUCGAAAACGACAUUAUUUGUGGGACAACCUAAUAUUUUGAUGACUAUUCGUUUUUUAGACGAAGCCUCCAAAUCGCCCGAAACUCCACCCCCAAAUGGUCAUAUUCCCCAAGAUCAGCCCCAAGUCCAAGUGAACGGCCAUGAUAAAAGCCAUAAACAGGCAAUAACCGAAGACUUCGAACAUGUCGGAAAAUCGGAUGAAGGCGGGUUCGACAAGGACUUUGAGAAUACGGUCCAUGAGCUGGGAGAGCAACUGGACAAUAAAGUUGAGCAAUAUUUGGAUGAAUUAGAUCAACAAGAACAGAAAGUUCUCGAAGUUAUCGACAAUGUCUUGAAGAAGCAUUCAAGUGUAGAAGAGGCCGAAAAAGCUCAGCCUGAACUUCAUGUUGAACAAGUGGACGUGAGUGCUGUGGCCGCUGAAGAAAAUGGAAAUGUCAAAGCUGAAAUUCAAGUGGAAGGCGAAGAUAUUGACCGUCGAGUUCAUGUUCAAGUCAGCGAAGAUGUUGUUCAGGGACAAGCGGUCAAUCAGCAUCCCGAUAAUGAUGCUACCAAAGAAAAUAGCGGCAACGUUCAAGACGGCUCCAACACUCCAGACAGCGUUGAUUUCCAAGACGCUACAGACUCAACUCCUCCAUUGGGAGAUAUUGAAGUCCCAGUAGAUGCUCAAUCGGGUGAUCUGGUCGCUGCAGAUAGCCAGUCGUCCCUUCCAUUGCCUGACUUGGAUGACUCUCCAGCAGAUGAUUCUCUAGCUCAAGUAUCGCAGCCUUCAGAAGACGCAGCCGACAACAAGUCAAUUCAAGAUAAUAUUGAGGAAACAUUUGAAAAAGUUCAAAUCAACCCAUUGACUUCUGAGUAUUCAGGAGACCAAGUUGAAAUCACCGUGACUCCAGUUGAAGCUGAUGUAAAUUCGGAACGGCCAGUUGAGGCAAAUGAUUCGAUUGAAGUGACAGAAGAAAAUGUUGAGGAAGUUCCGCAUGGAGGAGAAGUUGAGGCUGUGUUUAUUCAUAAAGGAGAUCAUGAACGUCAGGCUUCCGUUGAGUCAACAUCGUUCGUAUUUGAAGCCACUGAAGCGGCGGCUAGAUUAAUCAGCGCCAGCAGCUCCGAAAGUUUGGCCAAAGAUCCUCCGGAAGAGCCAGUAGCCAAUCCUGAAGCUGUAUCCGAUGUUCCUUCCACGCCUGACGUUGCAGCUCAAGAAGAGGCCAAAGAUCCCAACAUUUCUCAAGUGGAAGUUCCAGACGUCCCUUCAGAAGCCGUAGCAUCGUCUGAGGUUGUCGUUGAUAAUAUUGAAGAGGCCUUUGAGAAAGUUGAAGUCACUCCUUUAUCUGAGACUCCGCUGAUCUUGGAACGUCAAGGUUCAUCAGACACUUUGUUGGACUCCGAGCAGCCUGCGGAAGUUCAUAAUCCAGAAACUGCUCAAAAUGUUUACGAAAACGUCGCAAAAUUGGAGAGUGUCGAGAAAGAGGUGCCGAAAGAAGAGGAAAAAGAAGAAAAAAGUGUAAAGAAGUCAAUCUUCAAGGUGAUCACAAAUUUGAUUGACCGACAUCUGGUGGAACACGGUGGGUUUAGUUUGACUGUGUUUUUGGAAUUGAGUCUUCUCAAAAAAAAAAAACUCCCAGGAUGACAAAAAACUCAAGUUUUUGCAAACAAUCCAAUCGUCAUGACUCUCUUUCUUUGCAUUGUCAGUUUCCAUGUCUUCUUCCCCUUAGCUUCCGAUCUCCCCCUCUAAACUUUGAAACAUUCAUCGUUGCAAUUACAUAUUUGCAUCUUUGAGUGAGUCCCCGAAUAACUAAGUUAGGGAAAAAAACGUCUGCGCCAGAGAACCUCUCCAGUUUUAUCUGUCGCCACGGAUGAUUCACUCGAUUCCCUCCAAAAUAAGGUGAAUCGCCGAUCGAAAUAAAACUGAAUUUAUUCCGGGUAUUCGAAAACCCGUUGGAAAUUCGCUAAUUAGGCAUUGUUUUCUAAAAGUGGCCGACAUUAAAGUUGCCGGCGAAUAAAAAGAAGCAAUGGUAUCAAGAAGUCGAUCAAAGUCGCCAAAGCCCCCAGUAAAUCCCUUUUCCCACAUGCAGGUGGGAGAUGUUGUGUCGGUUCAGUUGAGUGAGCAAUGGUUGAAAUGUAAGUUUAUAUCCGGGUUCGGGGAAUUUAAGUUUUUCCGAUCAGGGACUAUCGGAAAUUGAGAGAUAAGUCCAGAUAAAUGGAAACUAUAGAAGUAAUCUAUAUAAUAAAAAAUUUAUGAUAGUCUAACUUUGUAACACAUACUUGUAUGACUCUUUAUCUCUGCCUCCUCAGAGUAAGUUCAGUUGUUCAAUUACAAUUCCAAGCUUCUCACGCUAUUCUUUCCUCCUUUCUUUCGGCCGCACUCACGGUAAUUAUCGUGCCAUGUUUUUUGUGGUAAACAAAAAAUAUUUUAUUAUUGUCGCAUCGAAAGACGGGCGAUAUCGAGAGUCGGUGCUAAAGUGUUUGUUUUGGGAGCCAAAUAUUAUUAGAGCCGUCGAAGUCGUAUAUAAAGUAAGGCCGAUAAAAAAAAGAGCAGACAGUCAAGUGUUUUGAUUUGGUGGUGACUGAGUCUUGUGAAGUACAUGCAUGAUAUGUAUGAGCUGGAAUUACAAUACUCCCCAAUCGCUGCAAAAGGAGUAGGAUCACUUUUGCUGAUCUACUGUAAGCGUUGGUUUCUUGGGUUUUAAUUUUUUUGAGUGGUUUGUUUACCUUGUUAUUAGAGCGUAGCAUAUUUUUAUGAAUACGCAAUAUCCGGCGCCAGAUUUAUAGGUUUUUGAAGGGAAAAUUUUGCGUUUCCUGUGCCAACAGUCAUAUGUAUCGCCAUCCUUUUCCCAGAACGUAAUUCUUUGGCUCAAAAGUUACAUUCGAUUUUAUUUUUUGCAAUUUUGUUUAGGGUUAUCUAAAAUGUGUAUGGCUCAUAAAAUUUUGGAGCCUCAAUGAGUACUGGAAUUGUCAUUACCGCCGCAGUUCAGUUCAAAAAAUUGUUUACACCUUCCACUUCCGUUUCCCCGAUUCAAAAUGUAAGACAAAGCACUUGUUUCGCACCUCCAAAGUAAUCUUUUUAGAUAUUUAUGGCAAAAGGGAACAGAAUAAGGACCGAAAAUAGCAUUAAAGACUUUGCUUUCCCUGUAAAACCCCCCAGGCGUCUUAAGAGGCCGUCCCCGUAUCACAUGGCCUGCGGGGAAGUUAUGGGCCCGAGGGCGUUCAACUUUGGAAUUAACGGCACUUUCAGGGGGACAAAUGUAAAUUGAGAUUUGGAGGGAAGGGAGAUGGCCGGGAGAUUACUCGGUUGGGAAAAUAUUAUCGGGCUGGAAAGGAGUUUUAGCUGGGCUUUGAGGAGGAAAAUGCAAUCGGCCAUGUGAUGUUUUGAAUGUGUUUACAAGUUGUUUUGCCAAAUUUUUUAUAACGUACUGAGGCGGACAUAUGUGAAGCUGAAAUUAUAAUGUGGGUUUUUGUUUAGGAAAGAGAAAACUUGCAAUUUUUUGGAGUAACGAGUACUCUAUAACUUAGAUGUGACUCAAAAGCAAUUAUAAUCCUAACUCAAGAGAUUGCUCAUUACCAGCCCACUAUUACUCAUUUCGAAUAACCCACCUCAAGUCUUCAGAAUCCCCCAGAGACCCAUUAAAAACCCUCUUGUUUAUGCGUUUUUGACCAUGACUUGUUGACAACCGAUUUCAAUGAAAUUCCCAGUUUUCCCCGCAUUUACAUUUUCCGUGUGUGAAAUGACGACCGAUGUUGUAUUAGAUGGACGAGGGUGUUCGAAAGCCCCGUCAACGCUCCAAAUCGUAUGCGCGCACUCUGAAGUCGCUGUUCUCACCGCCGAAUCAGAAGAAACGACAGAACGGCCGUCUGACUUCACGGUGUAAGUGUCCCGUACAACUUUUUUCUCUCUCUUUUUUCCCCUUCUUCCCCACACUUUUUUCUGAUUUCAGUUAACCUUGAAGAAGUUUGGGGAGGGGUAGGAAAUGGGUGGGGUGGGGGUGAGAGAAAAAACGCGAACCGUUUUCCCUUGAUUAUUAUUGCGUUUUGGUGUCCUCUGUGAAUCAGCCAUGCUCCACGAACACGGUAAGUCAAUGACCAAAGAAGGCCGUGAUGGGAUUAAUCAGAGGAAUGUGAGGAAAUUCUAGGUAAUUUGGUUGUGAAUCGAGAGCUAAUUGAGUUUAACCAGAAGUGCGAUUUGUUUAGUCAUCAUUUUGUGUAGGUAAAGAAAUUUUUUUGAAAAACAGGAACUGAGAGGUUAAGGAUUAAAGAAUAUUUAGGUUCUAUGAAAAAAAUACGUUAACAUGCAUUUAUCCAGUUAACUUUUUAUUCAAAAACCCACACAAUCUGCGUCAUUUUCCAAGUUUCAUAUCCUGAAAUUCUCUUGAGCCCAUUGUCUUCAACCCUUUCUCUUCUUAUCUUACCUGCGUCCUAGUCGUUCUGUAAACAAAACCUUGAACAUUAAAGACAUUUUCCUCGAAUAUACACCUAUUCCUCGUAUGCUCUACAUUGGUAAGACUUCAACCACCAAAUUACACAAUGACUUUGGUCGCCCAUUCCAUCCACUUCCCCAUAUACAAGCUCUAAAUAAGAGGGUCUAAAUAAGAGCAACAGCGGUGUUUUUGGCCUGAAUAGACAGAGAAAAAAACAAAAACAAGAGUGGAAUGUCGUGCUUCUCUUGUUUUCAACCCAUUUUCAACCCACGGGUCUUUUGAAAACGUGGAAAAGUUGGUCGAUUAUUUUGGGCCGUCUGAUUACAACCUAAUCUCCUUUUGGUUCAACUUUAUUUGAGAGGGCCAGAGGCAUUUCAUUGCUGUCUACUAAAUAUAUUCCUUGGUCUCCAAAAUAAAGUCUGGCGAGUAAUGAGCCCAGUUACGGUCAAGAAAGUGGCUAGUAUAACCUUCAAUCGGAAGAGUAAGUUGUAAAACUUUUUGUGUCCACGUCUUCCAUCUAAAAACUUUGGGUAAAAAUGUUUUCGCAGAAAAGUCCAAAAAUUUGCAUAAUAAAAUCGAGGAUGUAAACAAUCAUCUCUUCCAUGACUUUUCUAUUUUACUCUCUUGUAAUCCACACAUUUGUCAUCCAAACUCCCUACUUAUGCUGCAUUAUUAUCUGAAUAACGAUAUUAGUUUUGGUUUUGGUAAGAUAUUUAUGCCUUUUGCACCACUUCCAAAUCCAUUUUUUGUUUGCUUACUAGUUGUUUUGUAACUUGACACCCUCAAUAAACAUCCUAUGUGAGUCACCGUAUUUGGAGACCAAAUUCUUUACUUUUAAACGACUUUUUUUCUGAAGCAGGUAUUAAGUGAAGGUUAAGACGUCAACAAAUUGUUUUCUCUUGUCAAUCAGUGGUUCGCGAAGCAAAAAAAAGAAAGAAAAAAAGGGUUUUUUGUCAAAGAAACAUCAAGUAUGGUGAUGAAAAGACCUGUGUUUAUUUUAGUUUCGCAAUUUAUAUAUAUUUAUUCUCCAAGGCCUCAAUUUUUUUGGAAAUGACUCAUUUCGAUCGAAAAUUGUUUUCCAUUACUACUUUUACAACCAAAAUUCCAAUGAGUCAAUCGUGUUUCGGCCUAUUACAAACAAGCGCCUCUUAAGAGUGGCGCUGGUAUUUCUGUUUUUUUAUGUUGACUUAAUUAGUUGUGAGUGGGUUGGGAUUGAUAAUGGGUACUUAAAGAGUGGUCAGUCGAGUGGUUGGGGAGAUUUUUCGAGCUUAGAGAGGUUAUUUUUUCUUGUAGUAGGGGAAAGUGAUGAUUUUGUUCAAGUUUUUUUAUCAUAGAUUGUUCUACAAGCUAAAACAGACUCUAUUCUUGCUUAAAAAUACUUUUCCAAUAAUUUUUCUAUUACAAAAUCUCGUUUACAUCUUCAAAAACAUAUUCAUCAUGACUAAAAUCACCUGACUUUUGAUCUCUCAAUCAAUUCCAAAUCAAUUUCCAAACUUUACAUUCCACAUUACGGGUCCAAUCAACCCUUCCCCAUUACAAUAUGGGUUUAUUUACAAACCGAAAAAGCCGGAAACUUCCAUCCAUUUUUAAUGUUUGCUCGUAAAGUUGAGACCCGUUAAGGAGUUGUGUCUAAACCUGUAUGUAUUUGCAUUUUACGUGCAAAAAAUUCUCGAAUUUGCCGCUAAUACAGGCAAAGGGCUAAGGCUCUCGAGCUUGGUAUUUGCAUCAGAGGAUUACCAUUUAUUUUUGACGCAAAUAAGUGGUUAAGGGCAAGCCGGGUUUGAAACAAAUUUUGAAAAAUUCUGUUUGAAAAAUUUUUGAUGACAAAUAACCCUGAUGCCAAAAAAAUCUAAAAAAUUUUGUGCGAAAAGAUUAGACGUCCAGUCACUUCCGCAUCCAGCCAAAACAACCUUGUUUUGUAUCUUACCCGUCUCCUUCCGCCCCCUAUUGUCCCAUUGCCAGUCACCUUUUAGGAAUCAAAGCCCAUAUUUUUGUUUUCUUUUUUGCAAGCCAAAUGUUCCCAACAACCCGUCUUUUCGCCCAGUGUCCUUGAUCACCCGCCGAGUUUUAUGGCUGGGUUUUAUGCGUUCCCGGGCCCGGGCUAUCAGUUUCGGCGUUAAAGUUUGGUUGUAAUGACGCGGAACAAUGGGCUUUCGAAUUAGGCUUGAUUCAAUUGGCGUAAUGAGUGAAUGGAUGGAUGGAGAGAGGGAGUGAGGGUCGGGAGGAAGAUGUAAUAUGUUGUAGUAGACAUUUGAGCAAAUUUUUACACUUAUCUAGAGAAAUGGCUUUACUAAAAUCGAGUUGAAAUUUUGACUCUCUAAAGGGCGGAAUUUUGUUUAUUUCCAAUUUUAGUAACGAUUUUUUUCCGGGUUUUUCAAUCUAAAACGUAAUAUGUAAUGAUUCUGUUGUUCAACCUCUGAUUCACGUCUAUAAAUUGCGUCAUCCUAACGCAAUUUCUUUUCAAACCCUCUCCUAAACUCCUUUCUUCUUGAAUUCCCCCGUUUUAGCGCCGGGUUCCAACAAACAUCAAAGUAAAAUAGUGACAAAAAGUAACCGCUAUUCUCGCCAUUACACGCCCCAGUCAUCUCAGCAUUCUCGGAGAGCGGGCAGACAGCCAAAGGAAGCUUGUUUGUGUGUUUCAAAGCGUUUUUUCGCGCUGAAAAACUUUUUUUUUUUGUUAAAGGCCGCUCUUUUCCGAUCCUGAAUCAAAAAUGGGGAAUCUAAAAGUUUGUCGGGAUUGUAUACAAACCAAGGUCGUCGCGCCCUCGGGAGAUGAGUCGGGUUUUGUUUUGGUAAGAUUGUAAACACCCGGCGGGCACUGAAAUGAGUUUGGGACGAGAAAAGGGAGGAAAUGGGCUUGAAACGCUGAUUAAGACGCCUUGUACUGGAGCACAGAUUUUUUUCAGUACAGAAGUUUGCUUGGUCAGCCCUUUAGUACUUCUAAAAUUUUAGUUUACCCGGCAAAUCACCUGUUUUGUCCGCAGUUUGUUGGGAAUGUGUUAGGUUUGUUGCAUUCGGGUAAUAAAAGCCAUCUGGAACACUGCCUUUUAUUCCAAACCGCUCUCCUAAGAAUGGGAGAUUCUUCUUGGGAAGGUUCAGAGUUCUGGCCAAUGUUUGGCCAAACGAGUUGGCAAAAAACUUGCUGCAAAAAUUGAGGCACAUUUCUUUAGCAAGUGCCUGGGACCUUCAACUUUUCAAAGUCAUUUUUACACCCCUCCGAAUUACCGCAAUCCGUGAUGGAUCAUCUCGCCCAAUUUGUGUCCAACAUGUCUAUCAAUUUUGCGGCAAUUCCUCCUUUUCCGAUUCCUUGGCCAUUGUCCUAAGUCCUAAAUCGCCUUUUUGUUUUAUCCCCGCGUGCCAACAUUAAAACGGCUUUAAACUUCCGGGGUUGCGAUCAGAUCCCUUCCACUCGCUUCUCUGACAUUUGCGAUUCGCCCGGUUUUAUUUAAGAAAACGUUUUUAGAAGACGAGGCCGUUUCGGCUGGGACGUGGAUCUGAUUUCUCUCACUUUUUUUUUUGUUUACUCAACUUUUUAACUUUUAAUUGAACUUGUAAAGCGGGUAUUUGCCUAGUAAAAGACUGUCUCGACAGCGGGGGAAAGUAGCGUUGAUCUGGCGCUGCAGAGUUUCCUGGUUUUGUCUCCGGUUCUGGUGGGUGUUUGUAAGUUUUACGACUACCUGAUAAGGGGAAUGACUCAGCCGGAGGGCAGCUUAGAAUUUUCUUUGAUUGGGUAGGGCGAGGUCAGGUCUUCCGGAGAAUUUUGUGGCGAUAGUGGUUAUCUGCUGCCGAUUGUGGUGUCUGUAGGCGGUUCUGGAGCGACAGUUGUAAAUAUUGGUUUAAAUAUGGGGGCCUUGACAAUUAAUUUUAAUUUUGGUGAUUAGAUUGAACGUUAGGUUGCUUGAUGAGUAAGUAGAUUGAUAGGCUUAAAAUUGGAAGUUAAUUUCAUGCAUAUUUAAGCUUAUUUUUGCCUUUAAUAUUUCUGGAAUUACUUGCCGCAAGUUUGUUCUCCUACAACGUCAUUUGUCAUCAAAAAUCACCCUCUUUUUGCUAUAAAUCAUCAACUGAUUUCAAAGCAUUUGAUUCACGAAUUUCCUCUCUCCCAAAACCCCCAAAUUACAAUGCCUUUAGCCUAAUUAUAAAUUGGUUCAAAUUAAGGAAUUCCCUUUCUUCUCCUUACGCCUUGACUCGCAAGGUCGUCGACUCAUCAAAUUCUUUUUUUCUGAUAACCCGUUUCUCCCAAAUGGCGCCAAAGGUGCAGCCCUGAAGGCAAAUAAACCUCCCGCUAAUCAGUUUCGUUUCUUGGACCAUUUAUGAGAUUUUUUUGAAGAAAGAAACGUAAAAUGCCUUGGGACUUUUCAGUUUAAGCUGCAGUUAGUAUUGUGAUAAUGGAAUUUGAUAAGAGUCUUAUUGUUUUUGGUAUUUGUUUGAAGGAGAAUUGGGUUUAAUAGAUGUAAAUAGGUCCAUGUACUGUCUUGCUCUUCGUUGUAUCAAAGUUAAGUCAUUUUUUUGGAAUUUUAAGCCGUUUAAGGGCUCCAAGUAGAAAAUAAAAAAAUUUUUGCUUCCAAAUUCCAAACCAAAGCCAUUUUUGACAUCAAAACUUCAAAGACCUGCCCUCUCCCCCAUUUCCAACCAUAAUUUAUCGCCGUUAUUUCGUCCAGGAAUUCCCAAAAACUCUCCGGAAAAGUUGAAUAUCCAAACAAGAAAAAAAAACGUUUUCGGAUGGUUUUGCUCUGAAUAUUUUUGAAUAUUAAUCCCUGAGGGCAUAAUGAUCGAUAAAAAGAGAGGGAAGAAAGAUUGUUUCAAACCAGGGUCUUUUCUGGAUGAGAAAUGGUUUGAAGUGAUGGAUUUAUGGACAAAAAGGGGGUUCAGAGAUAUGGUUCAGGGCUUGGAGGGAGUUUACAUGGUGUGAGUCAGGUUGUAAGCCGGAUAAAUCUUUAUAUUGAGUCCGUCUUUUGUCUCUUUUUUGACUAAAUAAUCGAUAAAUCAUAUUCCUUGAAAGUGCUAAUUUACAAUUACAUCGUCUAUCUCGCAAUCUUUAUAUUACUGAUCAUAUUCUCCCCUUUCUUCUGCUCCCUAAACCAUUCUUACGUCUCCCACAUUUUUUUUUAUUUUGCUUGCUAAAUCUCCCGCUUAAAGAAACAAACAAAAAUAAUGUUGUUUAGGAGCCAAAAAGGCGGGGCGGAGUCGCGUGCUCGAAUUUAAAAUUGAAUAAAUUUUUUUGGUUUCUGAAAGCUGCGAGGAGAGAGCGAAUUUUUUGUUUCCUUUCCUUGGGAGAUAUCUUUUUUAAGGAAACAACUUUAAGGUUGGGUAAACAAAACCCGGAAGGGCAUUUUUAUCGGUUUAUAUCGAUUACCUUGACUUGAAGGUCACCCUUGAUUAAUCGACAUUGUUUUCAGCCGAGCCCGAGCACCUCGACAGGUACAAGAGAUACGAACAAAUGGCCGCCGAGUCGAGCUAUGUAAGUCGCAAAAACAUGUGUUUAUUGCCUGUGGCAAUAUAUGUUUAUGUCCCUAUAACUAUAAAAAAACUCUAUCAUGGGUAUUAACUUUUAGUAAACAUGUAAUUUUAGCCCAUUCCUUACCGCAGUAAGCUCACCGAGCCCUUCGAGCCGGGACAGACCCUGAUUGUGAAGGGAAAGACCGUGGAGGAUUCAGUUCGCUUCACCGUUUCUCUGCACACCGCCACCGCUGACUUCAGUGGCAACGAUGUCCCACUCCACAUCAGUGUCCGGUUCGACGAAGGAAAGGUACGACAUUAAUUAUACAUAUACAUCCUUUAAACAGUAUUUCGCAGUUAAAGAAAGGUUGUCACGGUUCAAAUUUCAAUUGAUUUUUUUUUGACAAUGUCCUAGACCAAGUAAUCAAUUUUACUUCCAGAUUGUGUUCAACACCUUCUCCAAGGGCGAAUGGGGCAAGGAAGAGCGCAAGGGCAAUCCCUUCAAGAAGGGAGACGACAUCGACAUCCGUGUCCGCGCCCACGACAACCGCUUCACCAUCACGGCCAACCAGAAGGAGAUCAAGGAGUACGAGCACCGCAUCCCCCUCUCCUCCGUGACCCACUUCUCCAUCGACGGCGACGUCUUCAUCAACCACAUCAGCUGGAGCGGCAAGUACUACCCAGUGCCGUACGAGAGUGGCAUCCCCGGCGAUGGACUGACCCCCGGCAAGACCCUCCUCAUCUACGGAACCCCCGAGAAGAAGGGCAAGAGAUUCCACAUCAAUCUGUUGAAGAAGAACGGCGACAUUGCCCUUCAUUUCAACCCUCGUUUCGACGAGAAGGCCAUCGUUCGCAACUCCCUGAUCAACAAUGAAUGGGGAAAUGAGGAGAGAGAGGGCAAGAACCCGCUGGAGAAGGACGUCGGCUUCGAUUUGAAGAUCGUCAACGAAGAGUACGCCUUCCAGAUCUUCAUCAACGAAGAACGGUUCUGCACCUACGCCCAUCGCUUGGAGCCCCACGAUCUGAACGGACUUCAGAUCGGCGGAGAUGUCGAGAUUACCGGAAUCCAGAUCUUCUAA